AUGAUGGCAGGCCCAGAUCUUCCCAGUUUACAACACCCAAAGUCGAACCUUCUGAGACUGGUUCCCGCUGACCCUCCUGGCCCUUCCCGUCGCAAUUCGCCAGUCCGUGACUGGAUGGCCUGGAGAUCAUGGAAGACUUGUGGGGUGGACCUGCUGAACAUACCAAGAGAAAUGAACACCCACGAUAUCUACGAUGCUUUCAAUCAGUAUGGGAAUCUGGUUUCCAUCGACAUUUGGGAGGACGCCUCGGGACGUCCUGAGUCCAAAGCACGCAUUCGUUUCAAACCCCCUCCAGAAGAGGAGUUCUGGAGAACCGGCUCUUUCGGUGUGAAGCUCCGGAGUGGCUGUGUUGCAGUGAUAUCGCUCUGUGUCUGUUGUGGUGACUCGAACGGGACCAUCCCGAGCCCAGUCCGCCCAGACGUUCAGCUCCCCAGAGAACUGGAACUUAAAUCUGUACAAGUUGAUAUCGGUGUCCUGCUAGGUCCGUCCACUGUUCAUUCUAUGCAAAGCUUUAACAACUUGGCAUACCCCAGAUGUGUCGUGGAUGUCAUGCGCAAGUGCUUGUUGCUCUACUUUAAAGUGGGCAUUCGGGGGUCGGAGACAGCAGAUGUAACUCAGCAUGACUAUCGUGUCAAAAUCACAUUUCUCCAACUGUCCCAGAUCUACCAACAAUACGACAAAGCCACGAGAGAACAUUCCUUUUUGGUUGUCCUAGACUCCGCCGCAAUCUGGCACCGAAAGGCCACAGACAUUCGGUCUACAUUGACAGAGCCGUUGAGCUGGAGAGAAGAGGAUAGUUGGUAUCGCCAGACCUCCGUGACACAUAACCCGAACUCGCUAAAGAACCUUCCCACAAAUCUGAAGAAGACAGGACAUAUCAUUGACUUGGGGCGAUGGAAUAUGUUCAAGAUCUCAUUCGCACCUGACGUGGACCCCAAUAUGCGCCGUGUCGACGAUACCAGUCACUAUUUGAUGCGCGUCGCAGACAUUUUUAAGGACUACAACAUCACCAUCAAAGAUGGGAUUCACUUUGUCGAGAAACCAGACCGACCGGUACCAGUGUGGCAUUGGAUUGACUUUUCCGAAUCCAAGUCCAACAAGGCUUCCGCAUUGCUGCAAGACUUGGGAGAUCAAAAUUAUCUACAUCUCCCUUUCAAGGUCCGGUAUCAAUUAGAGGUUUGUUUGUCUCAGGGUUUCCUUUCUGAAUUCACCAUGACCCGCGAAUUUGUAGAGAGGUUGAAGGGCCUCGGGGAUGAUAAAGCUACAAGACUGCUAGAGUUCCUUGCAACUGAGAAAAAACAGUACCUUGAUCCCAUGGAAAUCUUUGAGCUCAAAUUUUUCAAAGGAGUGACUGACUCGAAAAUUCCAAACUAUUGUUGCUUCAUGCACACAGCACGAGUCACUCCGACAACAAUUUACUACAAUACCCCAAGUGUAGACAUCUCAAAUCGAGUCGUGCGCGAAUGGUCAACCAAAGGUGCACCUGGGCGCUUUCUUCGAGUUCGAUUUACAGAUGAGAGAACUGAAGGCCGCAUCAAUGCUUCAUUGGGUGAUUCAAACGAUGAAAUCUACACCCGUGUCAAAAGGACGCUGGCAAACGGUAUCACCAUUGGAGACCGUCGCUACGAGUUCCUCGCAUUCGGCAACUCUCAGUUCCGCGAGCAUGGCGCGUACUUUUUUGCACCGGAUGCCGGUAUCUCAGCGGCAACCAUCCGGGCCUGGAUGGGCCAAUUCAACCAUAUCCGAAAUGUAGCCAAAUAUGCUGCAAGACUAGGACAAUGCUUUUCGACCACCCGAGCUUUCACUGGAUCCUCUGUGCAAACUGUUCCGUGCGAUGAUGUUGUUCGUAACGACUUCACGUUCUCAGAUGGUGUUGGAAAGAUUUCCAGAUUCCUUGCCCAGAUGGUCACAUCCCAGCACAACAUUAAAACUCUCACUGGAGAACCUCCUUCGGCUUUCCAGUUUCGUCUUGGAGGAGCCAAGGGAAUGCUGGUUAUCUCUUCGGACCCUCUGCCACAGGAGGUACACAUUCGACCAAGUCAGCAAAAGUUCGAAACCAAUCAAGCCGGCUUGGAGAUCAUUCGUUGGUCCCAGUAUUCUCUCGCAACUUUAAAUCGCCAGUUAAUUCUCGUGCUUUCUGCUCUGGAUAUUCCAGAUAAAGUCUUCCAUAAGAAACUCAACAGCAUGUUGGGUAGCUUCCAUCGAGCCAUGGGAAAUGAUUCGAAAGCAAUUCACCUUCUCCAGAAGUAUAUCGACCCAAACCAAACGACCCUGACCUUGGCUCAGAUGGUAUCUGAUGGCUUCAGACGAAAUGGGGAGCCGUUUGCUAAUACCAUGCUCGAGCUUUGGAAAUCCUGGCAUCUGAAGCAUCUCAAAGAGAAAGCAAAGAUUGCCAUAGACCAAGGAGCUAACCUUCUCGGCGUUAUGGACGAGACAGGUGUUUUGAAGGGCUACUUUAAAAGCACAUUGCCGCGCAGAGGAGCCUCCUAUGCAGAGAAACUGGCCGCUCUCCCUGAAAUCUUUGUUCAGAUCUGCCGGCUAGAAGGAAAUGGCGAGUACGAAGUCAUUGAAGGUCUCUGCAUUCUCGCUCGCAACCCUUCGCUUCACCCUGGAGAUAUUCGUGUGGUUCGAGGAGUGAACCGACCGGAGCUGCAAGGACUUCGGGACGUGGUUGUGCUUCCCCAAACAGGCGACCAGGAAAUUGCGAGCAUGUGCUCUGGGGGUGACCUCGAUGGCGAUGACUACCUCGUUAUUUGGGACCCGGAUCUGAUUCCCCCAAAAUGGUUUGUUCAAUGCAUGGACUACAAGGGUUCCAAAGCGCCAGACCUUGAUCACGAUGUGACAGUUGAUGAAAUCACUUCAUUCUUCGUCACCUAUAUGAAGAAUGACUGCCUUCCCCGAAUUGCACACGCCCAUUUAGCUUGGGCUGACAGACUUCCGAGGGGCGUGUGGGAAGACAAGUGCAUUCGUCUCGCUCAGCUUCAUUCUGAUGCAGUGGACUAUAACAAGAGCGGUGCGCAUGCGAGAAUGGCCCGCUCUCUGGAUCCAAAGUUCUGGCCCCAUUUCAUGGAAAAGCGGUUCAAGAGACCAUCCAGCAUUUACAAGUCCAGGAAAAUUCUCGGUCAACUGUACGACGCAGUUGUAACUCCUGACUUCGUUCCCAAGCUAGAGAAGCCCUUCGACUCUCGCAUCCUGGAAUCCCCGCUGGCUCCAGCAAGUGAGGUCUACAUGGAAUACGCCCGCGAGCUCAAGGCAGAAUUCGACAUGAACAUGCGACAAAUCAUGGCUCAGUACGAGAUCAACACUGAGUUCGAGGUGUGGUCAACUUUCGUACUCCGCCACGGCUUCGUACUCAAGGACUACAAGAUGCAGGAAGACCUAGGUAGAAUAGUUGGUACACUCCGCCGUGGAUUCCGCCACCAGUGCUACGACAAAGUGGGCCGUCAUGGUGGAAACAUUCCUGCCUUGGUCAUCGCCAUGUACCGUGUUACUCAGGAGCAGGUAGCUGCGGCACUGGAGGCUCGACGCAAGGAGGCACUGCAGAGAGAGGAUCCCUCCAUUGUUGACGUGAAUUCCACUGAGCUUCCGCUCAUUAGCUUCCCUUGGAUUUUCCCCGACGUCCUCGGUGAUGUUGCGACGGGCCGGGUGCGACAGGCUCUAGUCUCAGAGGGACAAGGGGGCGGCGAUUCUACAAAGCCCAUCGGCGAUGACUUGGUCUUCACUCACAACCAGAUCCUCAAGAUUGUUGAAGAAAUGGAUGAGGGCACGAAGCCGAAGGGUGAGGAGAAUAUGAAGCCGAAGGCGGAAGCGCCCCUGGAUCAAGAACUCAUUGCUCAUCGACGCAUUGACAAAACCAAACCCGAAGACAGGGGUGCGGGUGUGUGCUUCGAUGAAGAUGAUGAGCAGGAGGGAGGGGUAGGCAUAGGCGCUGCUGAAGUCGGAGAGAAGAAGAUUGAAAAGGAGGAGGCUUUGACAGAGAAUAUUGUGGAAAUGGAGGGCGAUGUGCAGCCUUCAGCGCUUGAUGCUUUGAUCAGCAUGAUCAAUAGCUGA